AACUUUUUCAAAGAUCAAUACACUUUACUCUUUCUCUCUCUCUCCUCUCUUUCCCUCUCUUCCUCCCCUCUGUUCUUAUCCCUAAUUCCCAACUCUUCUCUGUAACUCAUCUUCUUCCCAGGAAUUACAGUCGCCAGGACCAUUUCUUCUUCCCCAGGGGUGACAUUGGUGCUUUUGAUAGUAGGUUUGGAGUCUAGCUCCCACAAUCAUACUUAUUUGUCUCCUCCUAUCUCUCCAUUUACUCGCUGAGCCAAAGAAACGAUUCCAGGUAAAACCUACUGCAACUUGCCUCUCCUAUUUCUUGCGCAGUGUUUCCCUUUUUCAAUUGAAUUUUCUUUGCUAGCUGAAUUUGGCUGGGAUCUCUUUGGCAGCGGUCUGUUUCUCCUCUCACUGUUCCACGACCGCUUCAUUCCUCCCCGCCACCUUCACUAAACUGGAUUUCAGGGUCUUUCUCCCAAAUUUGUAGAUUUUGGCAUAUAUUACUGUCGUCGCUGGAUCUGAUGCCUGUAAAGCAAUGGUAAAAGAUGACAAGGAAGAAGUCUGUGCCUGCGCAGCUAGGAUUUUCGGGGUGGCAAUUGGAGCUAUAACAGCGAAGGAAGGAGAAUCGACUGUGGCAGCAAUGAACCAGGACAAAGAGAUGGAGUUGCAGCUGCAGGUGCAGUCGCCGGGCGAGGUGGUGAAGUCGGAGUCGGGGGAUUGCCAGAAGGAUGGAAGGAGAAGGCCUGCGGACGAUGGGAAUGAAGAAAAUUCGUGGCUGAAGCACUUUCAGAGGGCAAAUUUCUAGACAGUUUGUAAUUGCAUCCAGAGAUACUAUACUAUGUCGGAGGCUAGCUUGGAGGACGACAAGACAAGGCACCUGAGCGCUCUCUCUCUUGUAUUUGGUGAAAUUAGUUACUCCAUCCAUCACGGGGAUAACUGCUGUUGAGGAGUGCGAUUGAGGAGGACCUGCUUCAAUACCUCUGUAGCUAUGGUCCUUGAAUUGGUAAGUUCCCUCUCUGUAUGUCAGUUAUGUGGUUUUAUUGUCUUGGGUUCUCAACCUUAGGUCGGAUGGGUUAUCUGAUUUGGGGGAUUUAUAAUGGGUGACAUAAUCACCGAAUUUAUAAUUCUGACCGCCUAAAGUGCAGGCCUUUCUAACAAUUCUGACAGUCAGGCAACCCACUUUUCUGUAAGGUAUAUACUUGAGAAAACUUUUCAUGUUUCCUUCACUUCUUUUCGCUGUAGUUCGAAGUAAAUGGUGUUUUUUGUUUUCUCGCUGCUAAAUUAGAGUUCUUAGUUAUCAAUCCCUACAAAGACCAUUGAUGCUGCUUUUGUACGACAUCCAAAUAAGUCGACGGUAUGGCCUCCGUCUUGGCAUAACUUCAUUCUAAAUCAUGAAAGAAUAUCAUGAUGCAAUGGUAAUUGGCAUGAUUGGUUGGCGAUACCGUUGACAGUAAAAUGAGGUAUGUCUUUGUCUUAUGCAGAAGAUGCCAUCAUCUAAUUCUGUUGCAUUGGCCGGGUUUAGUUACAAGUUGAGUUUCUCAUAUAUAUAUAUAUAUAUAUAUAUAUAUAUUCACGAUUCACCCAUCAAAUAUGUUGGAAGAAAAUUGAAAUUGUGGUAUGAAUUUAGAAUGCCUUGGUUGUUGAGUUAGUGGCCUUCCACAUUGACAAGUAUAUUGAUUUGGUUGUUGGCCUCACACUUAAAAUUUAGUUGAGAUCAAGUUUUGAAUAUUAUGUCCUCGAUUUACUUUGACCCACAGUUUGAGAAGGAAUGUUUGUACUGUGACUCCUUUCCUUAUACUUUCAACCCUCUUAUCUUAUGCUCGGUGUUUGUUUAAUUUGUGCCCCCAAUAUGGGUUUGUCAAUGAUCUAUAAGUUCAAAGACAUUAGUUAUACAAGCCUUCUGAAACAAGCAUUGUAAAAGGUAUUUUCCACAUCCUGGCUCCCGUUGAUUUUGAUGGUUCAGCUUAGCUUUCUUGCACACUCUUAUAUGCAUACUUGGGUGAAUGGUUGAAGGUUUGUUAGGUUGAGUUCAUUGCAAGUCACUGUGGAUAUACCCCUAUCAAAGAAUCAAUUACGGAGGAUUAUUCUUAGUAGAAAUUGGGUUGAUUACACAAGAUGACAUACCAUGACCGACACAAGAAAUGAAGUGUGUCAUUAUCAAGGGCAGAGAGAGGUCAACGAAGAUCCUCUAUUAGGGAACUGGUGGUACCAGUUUGCAGUUCUUGGCGAUGACAGGUAUUUGCAUCCUUAGGAGAGGCCUUUUGAGUGGGUUUGCCUUUGUGGGAAGAUGGGAGUAAUGUGAUAGAAUGAGUGCUAUAGUUGUUUUGACUUCUUUGGCUUGGUGCCCCUUAACAGCUUGGUUUUAGUUGGUUUGUAGAAUUUCGUAAAUUUUUGUCCUUGAUUGGAACUGAUCAUGAGCGGUUAUGAAUGACGGGAAUCAUAGUUCUGAUGUAUGUAGUCGUUAAGGUAUGUGGUUUCUUACAUGUAUGUAGUUAUGCUAUUUCGGAAUGCUUAACUUUGAGUUUGAGAAUGGUUUCUGCUGAAUAGUUAUCUUACGUUAUGAUUGACCUUUUUUAUUUUCACAGCACUCUAUCCAUGUAUUGGAAUCCCAACACAAUUAUGUGUAAUGAUAUACUCUCUUCUAGAUAAAAGAAGCAGCAACACAUGUAUGGAAGCUUAGCUUAUGAGCGACCACUCUUGAGUAAAUUCCAUUUUGAUUUUGGCUUAAGUUAGUCUUCUGGCAGUAACUAUAUAUAAUACCCAACAUCUUCGCUUAAUUAUAUUACAACAUUCAACUAUGCAGAGGCAUGCACCUUUUAUUUCUCUUUGUGGGCUGCUAGAGCUUUGUGUGUUCAUUUGGUGGAAUCUGGGUUGAGUGCUUAUGAUGGGGAAAUAGAUUGACGUGGAUGUAGUAAUUCAUUUAAUUUGAAUAUGACUAAGAAACCUUUGUUAAGUUACUUGAUUUACAAAUGUUGGAUUCAGGGAACAAGUUGAUGAGUUGGGAGGAGUGGUCAUAGAUGCACAAAAUCAACUACAACUUCUUCGUGGGAUAAAUGAGAAUGAGAUUGUAGAGGCCACUAUAGUUGGAGUUUCAGCGAGGUGGAGAGAAGUUGAUGAGCUCUGGAGAAAAUCGAGGCAAAGAUCGGGUGGGUGGGAGAGAACCAGGAGGAUUGGAGGGUUAUGCGAGUCCAAUGGAAAAUCCUCAUUAGCGUUUAUAUUUCAGCAAACCAAAUUAUGCUAUGCGCAACCCAAUUUACACGUUAAGAAAAUAGAUUUGGAAUA